AACGAAACAAAAUCGUGUUUCAUCUGGUUCUUCUUCAGCGCCCAAAGUCGCGGACGGCUACCCAGACCAACCGGCCAACACCGGCGACCUCCGCCUCCAUCGCCGCCACCGACGACCUCCGCCGCCAUCAGCUCCUCCCCUUCCCUCCCCUCCACCGACGGCGACCAGCAGCAACAACAAUUUCCGCCUCCCCGACCACCGAUGCGACGACGCACCUCCAACGUCCCUAAAUACCUAGAGAUCCACGGAGGAUUUUGUACGAAAUUUUGUAUGAGCAAGUGCCUGGUAGCGAAAUGACAGCUUUCUGGUGGUAUGAGUUUGAAGGUGGUGAAAAAGUUGCCUCAAGUGCAAGAGAGAAGCAAGAGGGAAAAGAUUGGGCAGUGGUGGGCAUGGUGGCAACGGGUGUGCCUCAACUGCGGGAGAGGGUGAAGAAGGUGAGCGUGGAAUGCUAUAAGAUGGAAAGAGAAGAGGGUUUCUGUAAUUACAAAGCAGUCAAGAUGCAAAAUGAUUUGGUGGCAAAGAAGAGCGAGACGUCGGGCUAUGAUAAAAGUUGAAUACAAUUGAAUGCUAAUUUGUGGAAUGCAAAGAAGAGCGUGGAAUGCUAAUUUGUCUUACGAUUGAAAAGUUGAAUACUGGAAUGUAGCUUCUUCUUUUUUGUUUUGCAAACGAGGUUUAUACCAUUUGAGGAGAAUGUAUUCUUAUUUAUUUGGAUAUGAAUGAUAUUUAGCAUGAGAAUGUACUCUUGUGGUGUUUGUCAUGAAUGGAUAAGUUGGCAAUGGAUUUUAGCUUUGAA